ACAUGAUAUAUACAUAUCUAAAGAUUAUAAACUUUUAAAUUAGGAUUUCAAAUUAAAUGUAACAUAUAUAGUAGUAUCUUGAAAUAUCUUGGUCCAUUACAUUCUGUCCAUCUUUGUGCUCUGACUACAUUCCAUCCACAUUCCCUUUUCAGCUAAAUUCAGUAAAAGCAUACAAAAAAACACCCACUAAGUUACUAAAAUACAGAAAAAAAUGGCAUGCCUAGCUAUUUCAACAUCUUCUCCUCUGUCCAAACCAAACCAAUGAGAGCUCAAAAACACAGCCCAUUGUUGUGACUUGACAACUUUGGGAGUCGAUCUUGAUACUUUCCUAUCCUCCACAUGCAUAUACAUACACAUCAAAGAUAUAUAUACAUAUAUUAAGAAGAGAGAAAGGGAAAGCUCCACAAUCAUUCACAAGAAUAUAUAUCAAAUGAUGAAAGAGUUGCAAACUAUUUCUGCAGUUUUCCUGUUACUUCUCCUACCAUUUGUCAUGUGUUCAUCAUCAUCAUCAUCAUCCCAGGGACAUGGGAUAACAGAUCAAAGGCAUCAUCCUAAACUAACCGAGGAUAUUAAUGCUCAUCAGCUGAUAAAAGGGAAGCUAUUAUUCCAAGCAAAACUUCAUGGAUUUCUAAUGUGGGCAUCAAUGGGAUUCCUGAUGCCUAUUGGAAUAUUAGUUGGAAAAAUGUUAAACAAAGAACACAGCAGAAGAAUGCUCAAGAUCAUGUUCUACAUCCAUGCAACUUUCCAGACAAUCUCAACACUUAUAGUAACAACAGGAGCAAUAUUAUCAAUGAAGUACUUUGACAAUUCUUUUAAGAAUAGUCAUCAGAAACUAGGGUUAGCACUCUAUGUUGCUGUUCUAAUACAAACCUUACUCGGAUUCCUAAGGCCUCACAGUGGAAGAAAAGGAAGAAGUGGAUGGGUUAUCAUUCAUUGGUUAAUGGGGACAACAGUUUCUUUAAUGGGUAUCAUCAAUAUCUACACAGGAUUACAAUCUUACAAUAAGAAAACAUCAAAAAGUAUAGGGCCAUGGAUUGCAAUAUUUACAGUGGAGAUAUCUUUGAUAACAUUUAUAUAUCUUUUACAAGACAAAAUUGAACAUUUGAAGAUGAGAAAGAAAUUAAAAUCAAAAAUGGCAGCCGCAACAGAGGAAGAAGAAACAGAGAGUGGAGACGAGAACGACGGCUUCUAAAACGUACAUGAUCUUGAAUACGACGUCGUCUAGUAUGGAGAAUUUGAAAGAUAUCAACUUUUUACCACUUGAACGCCAUAGAAGCUCUUUACUCUUGAUCACCUUCUUCUUCAAUGACCAUAUCAGCUUCUUCUUCGUCCACAUUUCCUCUCUCCUCUUUCUCUCUCUUCUGGUUCUAUAAUGUAUGUAUUUAAAUAACGGAUAAUAUACU